AUGCCUGGUAGCGAAGUACUUCAGUCCUUGAGACUGCUUUCGCGCAGCUCACGCGGUCUAUUGGCUGGAUCAGAGAAUGUCACGCGGCAAUGCAUUACUCGAUCUAUGGCCACUGAGGCUCAAGCCAAUGCCUUCACCUUCCCUUCUACCGAAUCUUCCUCUGCUCCCUGGGACCGCCCCGUCUCUGUCAUGUCCUACAACUUCCCUUCUAUGGAACCCGUUCGCUUGCUCGAAUACUCUCAAAAACAACUCCAGAUGCCGAUUCGCAAAGAUCUUCUGCACCGCGCAGUCGUAUAUGAGGGUGACAUGACCCGACAGGGUACCGCCAGCACUAAGUGGAGAGACGAUGUGCACGGAAGUCACAGGAAGCUUUUCGCCCAGAAGGGUUCAGGUCGUGCUCGUACGGGUGACAAGCAAUCGCCAAUUCGAAGGGGUGGUGGUGUUGCCCAUGGUCCUCACCCUCGCGACUUCUCAAGCGGACUUCCCGCCAAAGUCUACGACCAAGCAUGGCGCACAGCCCUCAGCUACCGGUACUCGCGCGGAGAGUUGAUCGUUAUCGACAACAGGAUUUCUCUCCCAGAGGGCUCAACACCAUACCUCUUGGAAAAAAUCCUCCGGGCAAACGGCUGGAGCACGAAGAAUGGUCGCUCAACAUUCAUCACGGAAAUUGUGAACGCGGAAUUGUUUGACAAGAUGUCAAAGUUAAACCGCUUUGCGACCAUUAUGAACCGCACUGAUGUCGAUGUCAAGAAUCUACUGGAGACCUCGCGGUUGAUUAUUGAGAAGGAGGCUCUAGACCGAAUCUUGUCGGGGCACUCGCGUGACCUGAACAGUCGUCCGGCUAGCGCUUCCUACCAGUGA